CUGGUCUCCUUUCUCUUGCAGCUCCUAGUCAUAAUAUUUCUGAUGACGUCGUACGGGUGCUCUCUGGUGGGGCUCUGUCAUCCAAACACGGCAUGCGAGCACGAUCCAAAGGUUUCCGUGGAGGUCUUCUACGAGACGUACUGCCCGGACAGCAGGAACUUUGUCCUCGAGCAGCUCAACUCGACGUACGCCGAGCUCCCGAACAUUGUGCAGCUUCAGCUCGUCCCGUACGGAAAGGCAUCUAGGAGAGAACUGCCAAACAAGUGGUACAGCUUCGACUGCCAGCACGGAGACAAGGAAUGCUACGGAAACCUAUUGCAGGUAAGCGCCGCCAUCUUACUUGUACCGUCCGUACUCAUCUCUGUACACAAGAGCACUAAGAACUCGAUCGCGCAAGCAGCACUGACUCAUGAACACCAUUUGGGCAGAAACCACUGGAGGAUGAUUGUCAAAGUGAAGUGGUAGCUUCCCGGUAGACCU